AUGGAAGACAAGAAUAUCAAGAACAAGUAUGCAUAUCCGGAGGACCUUUCCAUGGCAGAAGUGGCUGCUGCUGAGAUGUCUUUGCCAUGGAAUGCCCAUGUCUUGGACUUGAAAGAGGCAGAGCAACUUCUUCUGCAAUGUGCUCCAGUGGUGGCUGAUUUGAAUAGUGUCAAGGCUUCGGUGGCGAUGACAAUGCUGAGUGCAUGCAAGAUGGCUGCCAGAGACAACCUCUCCGUGGUUCUCAGUGGUUUGGGUUCUGAGGAGGCCUUUGCCGGAUAUCAGCGCCACGUGCGUGCCUGUGGUGCCGGCGAUGUGGCCACGCGCAGGGACCGCACGCUGGGCUUGGCACAAAUGUGGCACCGGGACUUGCAGAGGGAUUGGGCUGUGGCCCGAUUGGCCAAGGUGGAGAUUCGCUAUCCCUUCCUGGAUGCCGACCUCUUGGCGAUCGCCCUGAACCUGCCCUCGGGAGAGUUCCUCGGGCGGUCGAGACCGCGGGGACCCGCGGGCGCCGGUGCUGAGGCUGAGGCCUGUGCGGAUGGUGGGAAGGGUGCGCUACGUGCAGUGGCUCGAAGCUUAGGAGCUCCUCAACGUGUUUCAGAGAGGAGGAAGAGAGCUGCUCAGUAUGGCUCGAGGAUCUACAACGCCUUGAAGAUCUUAUCCAACGAAGCUGGAAAGCAGCAAGAAGACUCACGAUACCACCAGGCGAACUAUGUGAUGUCUGUACCCGGAGCGUCACACUCACCAAUUGCGUUGCUUCACACCAGCGGAUACCAUAGCAUCCAGGUGUAUUGCCUGCUCAGGAGUUGGCGCUGUCAAAUCGCCUGCAUCAUUCCCCCCAGUGACCAAGACUCAGACUACGCCGCCGCCAAGGCCUUUGCGGCUUCGCUCCAACUGCCGCUCUUGCGGUGUGCGGUCAGAUGUUCUGAGGGCUACGAGAUGGCAGGUUUGAUGGAAUUCCAGAUUGAGGCGGCCGCAUGUGGCCAUGUCUGCGACUUGGACUUGUGGGGUUCCUUCGCAGCCGCCUGUGACGCCGUCAGCCUCCGAGCAAUGGCACCUGAGUGGGGCUCCUGCCCAUCCAAUCAGUCCAGCAUGCGUCGCAUAGUGCACGACGGAACGGCACUUCAACUCACCAAGUUUCCAUUGUCCAGCUGGCUUGGGCAUACGAUUUCGAGCCCGGAGGAGGCAGAUGCUGUUUUGGACGCUUUGCAGACGAUUUGUGGCCCAGAUGCCACUGACGACACCGAUGCGGGCUACGUUGAUUGUGACUUUGUCUCAAGCCCCUUUCUCCCGUGUGGAGUACGAGAUGUUAGAGACAAGAGCGUAGCGCUUGUUUCUGCCCUACUGCAACAAAAAAGACUUUGCUUUCAGAGUCAUGUCCAUGGACUUUUUCAGGUGCUUGUUUAG